CCGGCUUCUUUUAAAUGUAACACAAUCAGGAAGUGAACUUUUUUUUUCUUCCAAAGGGACUCAGCUGAUUAGUGCCAAAUGUGUUUGUCCUUCAGAUUAUACUUAACAAAGAUGUGUGUGUCUAAACAGCACCACACCUUCAGAUGAGGAUCCUGAUCUUCAUCUCUUGGCUGCUGUUUUACGUGUCUUUUCUCCUGGCGAUACGAAAGAUGUGGACUGGGAAGUAUGUUCGCAGUCCACUGGCUCGAUCUCUGUUCAUGAACAUGGAGUCUGAGACUGAAACACCUGGGCAUGAAGUCCAGCAGUGGUACCGGUGCAGUCCAGACCUGCUGGGAGAAAGCGUUCGCUCCGUGUUUGUUCAGAGUCGUCUGGAUGAGGAGACGCUGGCGUUCCUCCAGAAGAGCGAGGAGAAAUCCAGCUGGCUUUUCACACAGCUUUACCACUCGCUCUUCUCCACCAUCUUCAGCCCCAUCGUUUCUCGCACCUCAAUCAACGGCUUUCUGGGCCGCGGCUCCAUGUUUGUGUUUUCCAAGGAUCAGUUUCGGCGCCUCCUCCAGAUCGAGCCCGAAUGGAAAGGACGUCGGAUGCUGGAUCUGGGAGCCGGGGAUGGAGGCGUCACAGAAGUGAUGGGAUGUCACUUUAAUGAGGUGUUCACCACUGAGGUCUCGACGCCCAUGAAGUGGCACCUACAAAGAAAGAGUUACAGCUUGUUGGGAGUCGAUGAGUGGCACCAGACCGGUUUCCAGUUCGACCUGAUCAGCUGCCUGAACCUGCUGGAUCGCUGCGACGAGCCUCUUCAACUCCUGAGGGACAUCAAGAAAUCCCUGGUGCCGGGAACGGGACGGCUCGUCUUGGCAGCCGUUGUGCCCUUUCAGCCUUAUGUGGAGACGGGCGGGAGCUGGGUGCGACCCAAGGAACACAUCGAGCUGGAGGGCAAGUCGUGGGAAGAUCAGGUGACCCAGCUCAACUCGGACGUGUUCCUGAAGAUGGGCUUCGAGCUGGAGGCCGUCACACGCCUGCCGUACCUGUGCGAGGGAGACAUGUACAGGGAUUACUACAUGCUGGACGACGCCGUGUUCGUGCUGAGACCUCAGGAGGAGUGAACACUCGACAUCAAACCUCAGUUCUGGGCCCGAGUUAAAACCAAAGGCUUACACACGAAAAAAAAAAAAAAAAAUGCAGUGUUGUUUCAACCCAAAUUUGUGUCAAAUAUGGACUAACCCAGCCGUUGGGUUACAUUUUUAACCCAAUGGUUGGGUUUUUCCAGAUUUGACCCAAAUUUGGGUUAAAACAACCCUGCAUUUUUUUUUUUAGAGUGUAGUUUGUCUGUUACAUCUCAGGAAAAUGAAAGCUUUGGGAAACAAAUGAUAUCUUCUUCCAGCCAAUGGACUGUACUGUAAUUGUGCUACAGGUGGAGUGGAAAAAUGAAAGAUCAUAUCUAAUAGAACAUAUUAGUUUUGUAAAUAUAUGGAGGUAUUAACUCAAAAUCUCAUAUUGUGCCUCCCCUCGUGUUCUCUGUGUUUGUUUUGUUCGUAUAAACUGAACUUCUCAUGCAGUCGUCUGAACAUCUUAGGACCAAUGCAAGACAUUUUUUUCUUAAUGAAUUUACAUAUUAAGUAAAAUGGUGUCUGUUUUUAUGUGCACAACACAAAGUGUCUAACCAUAAGUGUAUGUAGUUGAUAGUUAAUUGCAGGGUUUGGUUUGUAGACAUAUUUUUCAUGGUGUAAAUCAAGUGUUUGGUGAUUUCAUUCUCCUGACGUAGGUUAUUAAAUUGCUCUGUAAUAAAUCUACUUUUGGUUUCAUUCUGAAGCAGAAUUGUUCUGUCUGCUAAUUCUGCUUCAUAUAUGAUGUUAUUAUGCAAAGCUAAAAUAAAGCCAUUUACACAGA